UUAUUAUUUCAUUUUUUUAUUUAUUCCUUCCUUCCCAUAUGCUUCGUCUCUCUGCAGAACACUGAUUGUUCGCCUACUGUCUCCUCGCCGCGGCGAAGUAGUGCCAACCCCUUUCUUGCUCUUUCCUAUAAACCCUAAAUUAGUAGCAAUUAAUGGGGAAGAAAGCAAAGAAGAAGGCCCGAGCUCCUCCGAGAGAAAAGCGUACUGCUACAUCCUCCAAGAAUGUUUCUGAAAAACCUAGUCAAUGCGGGGAGACAGCUGAGGAUGCUGUUGAAGCAGUGAAGGAGAAACAAUCUUGUGUCCAUUUUGAUAAGAGCAUUAAAUUGGAUAAGGUGUUGGAAAAAGUAAAAUCUUCGGAGCAUAUCAAGUGUGGAGAAUGUAAAGAAGGGGUGAACGAGAGGAGAGGGAGUAAAGGGAAAGGAAACAGGGCCAAGAAGGGGGUUUCUUCUUCUUCAGACCCGAAAACUGAUAAAAAAGCUAUUUGGGUGUGUUUGGAAUGCGGCCAUUAUUUUUGUGCCGGUGUUGGUUUGCCAACUGGAGCUCAGAGUCAUGUUGUCCGGCAUAUUAGAUUGACGCGUCAUCGGUUAGUCAUGCAAUGGGAGAACCCUCGGUUGCGAUGGUGUUUCCCGUGUCAUUCUCUUCUUCCUGUUGAGAAGGAAGAGAAUGGUGAGAUGAAAGAUGUGCUAGCGGAUGUCGUAAAAUUGAUUAAAGAAAGACCGUUGAAUACAUCUGUUAGAGCUGAUAUUAAAGGUUUGUGUUCAGAAAAUGGCAGUACCACUGGUGAGAUUAAAUCAGAAGGGCCUGUUUCUAGUUGUGUAGAAGCAAGCGAUGGUUAUGUUGUACGGGGUUUGGUAAACCUUGGGAACACAUGUUUUUUCAAUUCUGUAAUGCAGAAUCUUCUUUCCUUGGUUCGGUUACGGGAACACUUCUUGACUGUGGAUGCAUCUGGUGAAGGACCUCUAUUAUCUUCCCUGAAGAAAUUAUUCGCCGAAACAAAACCUGAAGUGGGCUUGAAGAGUGUGAUAAACCCAAGAGCCUUUUUCGGGUCUGUCUGUUCUAAUGCUCCCCAGUUUAGGGGAUAUCAGCAGCAUGAUAGCCAUGAAUUGCUCCGGUGCUUGCUUGAUGGUUUGAGCACUGAAGAAUCAAGCUUGAGGAAGAAACUUGGUGCUUCAGAUCCUGAUGGCAAUUCCGCACAUCAGAAACCUACUCUUAUCGAUACUGUAUUUGGAGGUGAAAUUUCAAGCACUGUUUCUUGUAUUGAAUGUGGCCACUCCUCAAAGGUUUAUGAGCCCUUUUUGGAUCUCUCAUUACCCAUUCCAACUAAGAAACAGAAAACUGUUUCUCGGGUAAAGAAAACUAAGGUUCCACCGAAAAGGGUCCCCAUGACUCGAGCCACAUCAGAACAUCCAUAUAGUAAUUCUGCAGGAAAGGGUUUGAUUGCCGCAGAUGAUUCUAUUGGAUCCUCUUCGAUUUCUCCAACUUCUAAAUCCAUUGAAAAUGGUCCAGUUUUAGAGACUUCUAUGGAAAUAAACAUGGAGAAUAGGCAGGCCUCUGAGAAUGAGACAAAAACUUAUACUGCAUUUGAUAGUUUUUGGUUGGAUUUUCUGGAACCAGAAAGCUCACAAGCCGAGACAGGUUUGGAUCUGCAGGAUAAUGAUGAUGAUAGUCUCCAGACAGCUGAGGCCAAUGGAAGGGUUCCAGCUCCAGAGAUUCCUGUUGAUUCAUCCAAAGUUUGGACUUUUGAUUGCGGCAGAGAGUCGGCGGCAGGCAAUAAUGAUGGAGAUGCAAUAUCAGGAACCACACAGGGUGAGGAUCAACAUGCUAGAGAGUCUAACCAGAACACAUUUGCAGGCGAGAUAUCCACUGCGACUGAGCAGGCCAGUUAUGUUGGUGGCGAUUCCGGUUUAACGCAGAGUUAUUCUGUGAAUCCUUGGGAUGAUGAAGAACUUCCCUUGUUGGUUUCAGAUUCUCAAGUUCUCUAUUUACCAUAUAAAGAAGAAAGCUCCUGUACUGAUACAGCUGGCGUAGAAGCUGAGGCUUCCUCAUCAUGUGUGAGCGUUGGUCAAGAACAAGACAUGAAUUUUGAUGGCUUUGGUGCUCUAUUUGACGAGCCUGAGACUUCUGAAGGACCUGUUUCUGGACCUCCGACCAAGGCUGAAGCUUCUGAAGCUGGUUUUAUGGCUGUUAGCAGCGACUCUGAUCCAGAAGAGAUUGAUGAUUCUGAUUCACCAGUGUCUGUAGAAAUGUGUUUGGCUCAUUUCACAAAGCCUGAAAUUUUAUCAGACGACAAUGCUUGGCAUUGCGAAAACUGUUUGAGGAACCUAAAGCUCCAACGCUUGAGAGAAAAGAAAGCUAGAAUUGCAUCGAGGCUGAGGAACUUCGAAAAUGGAGAUAUCAAUGAGAGCUCCUCCUGCACGCCAUUGGAUCCGAGCUGUGCAAAUGCAGAAAACGGUCGCAGAACUGGGCGUAGCACAGAAAUAUCCGGUGCUCCUUCCAGUGAAAACCCUCUCAUUGGAAGAGAAGGGAUUAAUUCUUGGCCAGCAGAUGGCAGUGAAUCUGAAGGAAGUGAAGAUGAUGGGGACGUGGACUCUAAGAAAGUGAUGGCAAAGAGGGAUGCAACCAAGAGGGUACUUAUAAACAAGGUCCCACAGAUCUUGACUGUUCAUCUGAAAAGGUUCAGCCAAGAUGCUCGUGGGCGGUUAAGUAAGUUGAGCGGCCAUGUUGCUUUCAAAGAGUUCAUAGAUCUUCAACCAUAUCUGCAACAUUCCAGAUGCAACGGGGGAGGAAAGGCAGAGUACAGGCUUGCAGGGGUGGUGGAGCACUCGGGCACCAUGAGAAGAGGCCAUUACGUUGCGUACGUUAGAGGCCAUGAUGUGAGAAGAGAGGAGAGUAACAGUAACAGCAGCUUGCCGGUGGAGGGGUGGUGUGAGGCAAGCGAUUCAUACGUCCGUCAGGUUUCGUUGGAAGAAGUUCUCCGCUGCGAGGCUUAUCUCUUAUUCUACGAACGAAUCUGAUCGAACCAUCAAAUCUCAUUGACGACUGCUGUAUUCUUUUUUCCCCAUUACACAGAAAGGAUUCCAGGUUUUGUGCUACUGGCCAAAGAGAGAGAGAGAGAGAGAGAGAGGUGAGGUUUUUGAUACACAGCUCAUAUUCUUCAUUUACUGAUAAUAUAUACACAUAUAUAUGGUUGGUAUGUACGUAACCGAGUUAUUAAUAUUAUGAGAGUUGUAUUA